AUGAUAUGCUGUGGCGUGGAUGCCAUAGAUGUAUGCUCUGGCGCGGAUGCCACGGAUGUAUGUUCUGGCGCGGAUGCCAUCAAUGUGUGUCCUGGCGUAGAUGUAUGCUGUGGUGCGGAUGCCACGGAUGUAUGUUCUGGCGCGGAUGCCACGAAUGUGUGUCCUGGCGUAGAUGUAUGCUGUGGUGCGGAUGCCACGGAUGUAUGUUCUGGCGCGGAUGCCACGAAUGUGUGUCCUGGCGUAGAUGUAUGCUGUGGUGCGGAUGCCACGGAUGUAUGUUCUGGCGCGGAUGCCACGAAUGUGUGUCCUGGCGUAGAUGUAUGCUGUGGUGCGGAUGCCACAAAUGUAUGUCCUGGCGUGGAUGUAUGCUGUGGUGCGGAUAUUAUGAAUGUGUGUCCUGGCGUGGAUGUAUGCUGUGGUGUGGAUGUUAUGAAUGUGUGUCCUGGCGCGGACGUCACGGAUGUAUGUUCUGGCGCGGAUGCCAUAAAUGUGUGUCCUGGCGCGGAUGCCAUGAAUGUGUGUCCUGGCGUGGAUGUAUGCUGUGGCGCGGAUGUUAUGAAUGUGUGUCCUGGCAUGAAUGUAUGUUCUGGCACGGAUACCAUGGUUGUAUGCUGUUGUGCUGAUGCCAUGAAUGUGUGUCCUGGCGUGUUUAUAUAUCCCGGCGCGGAUGCCGUGGAUGUAUGCUGUGGUGCGGAUACCAUGAAUGUGUAUCCUGGCGUGGAUGUAUGCUGUGGUGCGAAUGCCAUUAAUGUGUGUCCUGGCGUGGAUGUAUGUUCUGGCGCGGAUACCGUGGAUGUAUGUCCUGGCGUGGAUUUCAUAGAUGUAUGCUCUGACGCGGAUGCCGUUGAUAUAUGUUCUGGCACGGAUUUCAUAGAUGUAUGCUCUGGCACGGAUACCGUUGAUGUAUGUUUUGACGCGGAUGGCGUUGAUGUAUGUCCUAGCACGGAUUUCAUAGAUGUAUGCUUUGGCGCGGAUGCCUUUGAUGUAUGUCCUGGCGCGGAUGCCGUUGAUGUAUGUCUUGACGCGGAUACCAUGGAUGUAUGUCUUGAUGUGGACGUUGGACAACCGGCGCAGGCAGGUUCACUUCUUGCUGUAAUUGAAAAAUAA